AUGUCUCCUCCAGCCUCCAAGCCCCCCGGUCCCGGUCAAGGCCUUGACCCGAGCUGGGUCGCUGUCGACAAAUACACGUUUUCUACACUGCACUCUCACACUCAGCCCAACCAUGCCUUCCUCGAACGCACUCUCACCCGUUCUGCCGAAGAGGGUCUUCCUCCCAUUGCUUCCUCGCCCACCCAGGGAAAAUUUCUCGCGCUGCAGUGUCGAUUCGGGCAAGUGAAGCAUGCGCUAGAUAUUGGGACGCUCGGCGGCUAUUCAGCCAUCUGGAUGGCCUCGAUGAAUCCGGACAUGCGGGUGACCACUUUCGAGUACUCCGAACAUCAUGCGUCGGUGGCGCGUAAAAACUUCGAGGAGGCAGGCGUGGCGGAUCGUAUCGAUCUACGAGUGGGCCCUGCAGCUGAAAACUUGGCCAAGCUGUUGGAGGAAAUUGAGGCCGGAAAAGCAGAGCGAGUCGGCUUCGCUUUUGUGGACGCAGACAAGAUGAACAACUGGACAUAUUGCGACUUCGCUAUUAGGAUGGGAUAUCCCGGGACGUGCAUCUGUAUCGAUAACAUCGUGCAGCAUGGAUAUCUGGUCAAGGAAGAAGCGCAGGAUGAAGAGGCGGUGAAAGGCGCACGAAUUGCCGUCGAGAAUGCGGGGAAAGAUGAUCGAAUCGAAUCGCUGGUGAUGCAGUGCGUUGGCGAGCGUAAUUACGAUGGGUUCCUUAUGGCCGUGGUGAAAUGA